GGAGAUAGGAGACUCUUGAAAGCUUUUUGCAAACCUGAUUUACGUGUUCUUCCCAAUUAAGUUUGGAAUCAAUAUGCAUUCCUAAUAGUUUUACAGUUUUGUUUUCUAUGGUUUUGGGUAACCCUAAGAGAAGCUGUUGUGUUUUCUCUGAGUUACACAGUAAUUUAUUGGAUGUGAACCAGUGGAUGGCUGAUUUGAGUGAUUCCUGUGUGUUAUUAAAAUACAAUCUCUGAAAAGCAGUUUGUUUGGAGGCGUACGAAAUACAGUGCUGUGUUUAUCUAGGUUUGUUAUUUUGAGUAUGCGUAUGGUGUCCAUUGUCAUGUAAUCGUAUCGGGUUAAGAAGUUAUUUGUGUGUUCGAAGUUUGGUUGCGCGUUGCGCGAUUACUUGCUAGUUGCAAGCAGUUAUUUUUAUCGGUGUACUGCUACAAAUUAUUCGAUUGUUGUAAAAGACGUCUCCAGGGCUAUUACGAGUCAUAACAUCUCAAAAUUGAUGAAAAUACGUCCUAAAAUAAUCUCCCUUCGUUGUCGCAUACCAUUAUUGUAUAUACUGUCUGAUGUUUUGGAGCAUUAGUAACAUCCAGUACUGGACACUAAUGACAGCAGCAGAGAAGCUUGCCGCUGUUCAUGAUGUGGAUAUCGACCCAGAAGGAACAUUUAAGUAUGUUCUAAUACGUGUCUUUGGUCCAGAGGGUCCUGAUGGCAAAGAACCGAGCAAAUUAGUGGGGUUUGGGAAGGCAGACCACAGCAAGACUGUAGAAAUUCUGAAGACUGCAUAUCCUGUUUACAACAUUACUUGGAGUGAUGAAGGAUACUGA